AUGCUAUCGUUCGGAUUAUCUGACAUACCCACUCUCUUAAUAGUUUUUAUAAUUAGUUAUGUAGCUCAAUUUUAUUAUCGUUAUUUCACUCGUAUAAAUCCUUUACCAGGUCCUAUCCCACUUCCAAUUAUUGGUAAUACUCAUCAAAAAAUUGGAUAUAGUUUAGGUGAUUGGUACAAAUUAUUGCAUAAAAAAUAUGGUGACAUGUUUGAAAUAAAUUAUGCAGGUCAACGUUUAAUCGUAUUAUGUAGACCAGAUUUAAUUGAAAAUAUGAAUACAACUUCAACAAAAACUAAAUAUCCUAUUAGAUUUAACAAUACUGAAGGACUUGUUGAAUACGGAAUUAGUGCUGUAGGAAUAGGUCAUAAUAAUGAUCCUAAAUCUUGGAAAUUUAAUCGUCAAUUUAUUACUCAGGCUAUGUUAUCUCCAAGUUUUGAACAUCAAGCUAUAGAAUGGACAAAUGAAUUAUGGAAAGAAAUGGAAUCUUAUUGGAUGAAAAUUGGUGAAAAUAAAGAAAUAGAUCUUGGAAAAUGGAUGCAUAGAUUUACAAAUGAAAUUAUUUUUAAAAUUGCGACUGGUGUACAAAAUAAUGCUGUUGCUGCUUAUUAUUAUACCGUUGUUGCUCCUGAAAGUAUUAAAUCUUUAAGUGAAAAUGAUAAAGAAAAAAUGAAAUCUUCUGAAGAUCUUGUUGCAACAAUUCAAACUUAUAUGGGUGGCGUUGGUUAUUUUUUUGUUUUUAAUAAGUUUAUACGUAAUAAUUUUCCAUUUCUUCGCGAAAAAGUAAAGAGUUUAUUAAAAAAUAAAGAAAAACUCUUUGAUAAAAUAAGGAAAAUUAUUAAAGAAAGAAGAAUUGAAAUUGAGAAUACUCCAUUGGAUCAACCUCUUCGUCAUGAUAUGUUAACGUCUCACUUAACCGCAAAUACUCCACGUGACAUAAAUAUUAUUAAACAUACUGAUGAUGCCGAUAUGUUGAGACCAAUGAACGAUAAAGAAAUUUUUGGAAAUACAUUUGAGGCGUUUAUCGCAGGAACUGACACUUCGGGGAGUAUGCUUUGCUUUAUCAUAUAUUAUCUCGAACAUCAUCCUGAAGUAAAAAAACGAUUACGGAAAGAAUUCGAUGAA